GCGCACGGUGAGCAGCGGCGGCGGCAGCAGCGCUUCUCUGACGCACUAUCGGAGAUGAGCAUCCCAGUCCCGCAGGCUGUCAGGACAAACUCUCCCGACCUCUCUCUUUUUCGGACUUGUGCAAUCAGCCUUUUUAACUUCAGCGCUGUUCCGUGUUUUCUUUAUUUUUAUUAUUAUUAUUUUAUUUUUGUCGCAUUACUGUCUUACCUCGAUUUCACAGCUUUCCCCCCCCCCACACUGACUCCGCGUUUGGCAGUGAUGCACACAUUUGACAUAUCUUGGCUGGGGAUUUACUCCGGAGGAGAGAACUGUCAGCAAGAGUAAUUGUUUUCCAUCUACAUCUAUGGGCUUGUUUUUCUCCGUGUUUCUCGGGCGUCGUUCAGAACGUCUUGUGAUAAGUGCUUCAGAUUAAAGCUUGAGGAGCUGUUCUGAAUUACAGAAAAUCGUUUAGAUGACGGACACGGGGAGGCUGUAAAUCUCCCUCCGCAACGCGACUCUGAGCCCUCGGAAUAUUCUCACGGAGGUGUUGGUUCGAAAGCAGAAAUACUGUUUCAGUUUGCCUGUACUGCGGGGUGGCUGCUGCGCAUGUUCUGCUUUAAAUUAGGAAUUUUCAUUCAGAGGUGGGCAUCUGAGCAUCCCGAAUUUGUGAUGCCCGGGCAGUGAGGUCUACGGUGGGAUUUCAUUCUGGUCACCCCCCCCCCCCCCCCCUCUCCCCUCCCGCCCUGCACGGCAGCAUGGCUCCAACCCGGAGGGACUGCAGCGGCUGGGAGAUGUUCCUCCCAGCGGGACGCCUGCUCCUCUUCGCCUUGCUAUUUCACCCCGGCGUGGCAAAGGUGUGCAACGACCGCACCAAACACGAACAGGACAACAGCUGGUUCCUUAAGAAGGAAGAAGCGUUGAACAUCAUGGUGCUGAUGCCAAUGAACGAGUCGGCCCUGAUGAGCAGCAUCAGCCAGGGAAUCGAACCAGCGGUUCAGCUGGCCAUCGAGCACAUAAACGACUCCGGGGAGUACCCGUUUUCACUCAUCACCAAAAUCUAUGACACUGAGUGUGACAAUGCUAAAGGACUGAGGGCCUUUUUUGAUGCCAUAUGCUACGGUCCCAAACAUCUGAUGAUCUUCGGAGGUGUAUGCCCUUCUGUGACCUCCAUUAUUGCAGAGUCUUUGGAGGGCUGGAAUCUGGUUCAGCUGUCAUUUGCUGCGACCACCCCGGUUCUGGCAGACAAGAAGAAGUACCCCAACUUCUUCCGCACCGUCCCGUCCGAUAACGCCGUGAACCCAGCAGUUAUCAAAUUCCUUAAUUACUACAACUGGAGCCGGGUGGGGACCCUCACACAGGAUGUUCAGAGGUUCUCAGAGGUGAGGAAUGAUCUGACCUAUGAACUGGAGAAAGCAAACAUCCACAUUGCAGAUACAGAAAGUUUUUCCAAUGAUCCAUGUGUCAAUGUCAAAAAACUGAAGGACAAUGACGUGAGAAUCAUCAUUGGGCAGUUUGAUGAGCAUUGGGCCUCUAAAGUCUUCUGUUGUGCAUAUAACUUGAACAUGUAUGGCAGCAAAUACCAGUGGAUCAUCCCAGGCUGGUAUCAACGAAACUGGUGGGAGCAGGCGAACAACACCAACUGCACUUCCAGGAAGCUCCUAACAGCCAUGGAGGGAUACAUCAGUGUGGACUUUGAACCGCUCAGUUCUCGGCCAGUGAAGGGCAUCUCUGGCAGGACCCCAAAGGAAUAUGAAAAGGAGUAUUACAGGGAGCUCCAGCAGAAAGGUGUGGAGGCAAGCAAGUUUCACGGCUUUGCCUAUGACGGGAUCUGGGUAAUUGCAAAGACCUUGAACCGAGUAAGGGAACUGCUCCGGACAAAAGAAAGGCAAAAUAUGUAUCACAACUUCACUGUGGACGAUCGGGAAGUGGGGAAAAUGGUGCUUGAUGUCAUGAAUGAAACUAACUUCUAUGGAGUUACAGGUCAAGUCAUGUUUCGUAAUGGAGAGAGGAUGGGCACAAUAAAAUUCAACCAGUUUCAAGAUGGUCAGGAAGCAAAAGUGGGAGAGUACAAUUCUAUCGCUGACAUCCUGGAUCUCCAGAACAACUCCAUCAGGUUCCAAGGUGUGGAGCCUCCCAAAGAUCGCACAUUUGUUCGUCUACAACGGCGCCACAUCAAUGUUCCACUGUACAGCAUCUUGUCUACUAUAACCAUCCUGGGCAUGCUAAUGGCCGGGGCUUUCCUGUUCUUUAACAUCAAGAACCGAAAUCACAGACUAAUCAAGAUGUCCAGUCCAUACAUGAACAACCUGAUCAUCCUAGGAGGCAUGCUGUCCUACGCCUCGAUCUUCCUCUUUGGUCUUGAUGGAGGUUUUGUUUCGGACAAAGAGUUUGAGACGCUCUGCACUGUUCGGACAUGGAUCCUUAUUGUUGGGUACACAACUGCUUUUGGUGCCAUGUUUGCCAAGACGUGGAGGGUACAUGCCAUCUUCAAAAAUGUGAAGAUGAAGAAAAAGAUCAUAAAGGACCAGAAACUGUUGAUUAUCGUCGGUGGGAUGCUGCUUAUCGACUUAUGCAUUCUAAUUUGCUGGCAGAUCGUGGACCCUCUCAGGAGAACCGUGGAAGAAUACAGCUUGGAGGCGGACCCACAAGGCCGAGACAUUGCCAUCCGUCCCUUCUUGGAGCACUGUGAGAACACCCACAUGACCAUUUGGCUUGGCAUCGUGUAUGCCUACAAGGGACUGCUAAUGCUGUUUGGCUGCUUUCUGGCGUGGGAGACCAGGAACGUGAGCAUCCCUGCCCUCAACGACAGCAAAUACAUCGGAAUGAGCGUGUACAACGUUGGCAUCAUGUGCAUCAUCGGCGCGGCGGUGUCGUUUCUGACCAGGGAUCAGCCGAAUGUCCAGUUCUGCAUCGUAGCUCUCGUCAUCAUCUUUUGUAGCACCAUCACCCUCUGUCUUGUUUUCGUUCCUAAGCUGAUCACCAUGAGAACCAACCCAGAUGCAGCCACACAGAACCGGCGGUUAAAGUUCACCCAAAAUCAGAAGAAGGAAGAUUCCAAGACGUCCACCUCGGUCACCAGCGUGAACCAGACCAACACUUCCCGACUGGAUGGGCUGCAAACUGACAACCACCGCCUCCGCAUGAGGAUAACCGAGUUGGAUAAGGAGCUGGAGGAAGUGACCAUGCAGCUACAGGACACCCCAGAGAAAACUCCUUACAUUAAACAGAACCAUUACCCAGACGCCAAUAACAUCCUCAGCAUACGCAACUUUACAGACGGCAAAGAUGGAGAGAAAUCGAUACUGAAAAACCACCUGGAGCAAAAACCGCAGGCACAGUGGGGCUCCAUGGAUCCUUCCAGAAUAAGCAGAGGUCCCCUGGAGGAUAUCAACUCACCUGAACACAUACAGCGUCGACUGUCCUUGCAGCUGCCUAUCCUGCACCACGCAUACUUACCUUCCAUAGGAGGGGUUGACGCCAGUUGCACCAGUCCAAAUGGAAGCCCGGGCUCCAGUCCGAGGCACAGACACAUGCCCCCUUCCUACAGGGUAAUGGUCUCUGGGCUGUGAGCCUCAUUUACUCCCCCACUUCGCUCUUUGCUGAGGAGACACAAAUGGUUCUUUUUUUCUACAACAAAUAGACUGAUAUUGUCAGCGUAUGUGCGUAUUCCGUCUUGGACUGAAAAGAAGAUGGGGAUGAACAAAGAGAGGGGGGAGGGAUAAAGUUUUACUCGUCAUACCUCUGCACUCGGGUCUCUUGAGGACUGACGCCGUCAGUCAAAACUGGGUGGGGGAGGACGGUUGAUGCUUAACUACUACUUCCUCCCUGCUUAGGUCUGCUCACACAUAUGCACAGUCAGACACAGAUAUCUACAACAGAGAUACACACCCAUAUCCAAGCACAGUGACACCCCAGCAGCAGCGGUGGACCAGCCCUAAUCUGACGUGUAGCCUUAUCUGCUUCAAAAGGGAUUGUUUCUGUUUCUUAUCUGUCUUAUGUACUAUAUGUGCUUGCAGCUACAUGUGAGCCACACCAACUUUAACAUUUCACUGCUUCGGUGACUGGAUAUGAGUUUGGGAGCAACGAGAGGAAUUUUCGAGAUCCAACUAAAGAGAGCAUUAAAGGAAGCGUCCCUGUCCACUACUCAACGUUGUGCAGAAAUGUAAAUAUCAUCGCUUUUGACACUGAUGUACUGUAAGCUUUGUAAAUGCUGUGAAUGGACAAAUGUAUAGGAUUUAAGUGUGGUGCUUGUAACAAAGGCAGGUGACAGCUUAUGGAAUAUAACAUCCUACAAAUCAGACAGAGGCAUAAAUCUGUUAGCAUAGCUGUUAAUAUAUUAGCUUACAAACGGCAUAGAUGCAUCAAAAUUUGUCCAGGUCCCAUGCCUCUAACUCGGAGUGAGAUGCACGUUGCUCUUUUUUUGUUCCACUUUGCUUUUUUUUUCUAGACUCGUUUAUGUCAAAGACCUCCUGUCUGACUUUGUAAAGGCCUUCAUACUUUACAAUUUAAUCAGUCCGUCUGGAAUCAGACAGCAUGUUUUAUAGAAACAAUAAUGCUAUGCCUUUUUCACAGGUCUCUGAGAAAAUAAGAGCAAAAAGAGACCAAGGGAGUGUUUCACAGCUUUCUUUCUUUUUUGUUAACAUGCCAAGAAAUUCAAAUACAGAUGUGCACGUAAAAAAAAACAACAAAAAAACAAAAAAAACCCAAGAGAGCAUCCAAUGAAUUCAGGUGCUGUUGGCGCUUAGUGAUGGGUGGGGUCACACUGAAGCUUGCAGACUGGUUUUUAUAGACUGUUAAAUUGUCUAUUUGAACUUGUUCUCAUGUCUUACCAGCACAGUUUAGAGCAACGGGGUGCAGCAAUAGCACAAAAUUACAAGACUUUGAGAUAAAACUUUGUGAGGAGGGAUAAAACGAAAACAGGUGAUGUUGGAAAAAAUGUAGGUCUACCAGUACCACGGCUUGAUCGGACUAAAUGGUUAACCUGAAUUUCCAUGCACAGCAGCAAUGACAGUCGACGUGUUGAAGUCUCGCGUUAUAAGCCCCAAACCUGUCUGCAGCGUUGGUUUCAAAGACGGUGAUGCCACCACUGCUGGUCACGGUGAUUUAGCACAGACACAGGGCUUUCUCUCACAGAUAAUACAGAGUAUCAUGAAAGAUCAAUCCACACUUAGCAACAGUGAACAUACCUCAGUUGCUACAGAAAUGUACAUCAGUGCCGCUGAGCUUCACCCAAGACCGUCAUCAAGAGUAUCGCUGUUCUUCGUUAAAUUUUUUUUCCUAAUGCAGGAGAAAAAGCAAAAGGGGGACUCUGCAGGAAAAAUACUUUUUUUACCCAGAGCGGCAAGGUUCGUUCUCAGCAUAUUGUUUCACCAUUGGUGUCUUGGUUUUUAUUUUUUUAAGGCGUUUCUUGAGCGCCGUGCCUGUUGUCUUAUAUUGUAGCCUGCGAGACCCACACUACAUACAAAAGGGUCGAAACUGCGCUUACCCAGCAAAGUACAUCGGCCACACAUCUGUAAAUCGAACAAUGUGUCACAGACUAAUCUAAAGUCCAUGUGUCCAUGACCGGGGACAGCUUUGGGAGUACAUGGCGGAAGCUCCACUCCAGCCGGAGGAUAUUUCUCCAUAAAUACAGUCAAACACUUCUCAGAAAAAUUGAGAGGAUUCAGAGCUGAAGUUGGGGAGACAAGGAUCUGCUGUCAGACAUAUCGAGGUUUGAGCUCCUCCCAUUUCCAGGCCCCUGCUAUGAUGCACAGGAGCAGGAGGGGGGGAAAAAAACCCAAGCACAGACCUCAAAAAGGAGUCAUGACUUCUCCUGCACCUUUGCCAACCAGAGAAUCACAAUCACAGAACAUGUGAGUGGGAGACAUUACCGGAGGGUUGGAUCUACCUUCAGGAGAAGCAAAAAAACCAACCGCACAUUUUAUAUAUUACAUUAUACGUGAUUGUGUACAACUUUGCUGAUACCCUGAUGAUGGUGUCCAUGUAUGGAGUAUUUGGUAUUUGGCUUUCUCAAGACGGCAUGAAAUAAAAUGUAUAAUUCA